AUGAUUAUAUCCAAAUAUCCGUAUUUGGUCCAAGAUGAGAUACUCUGUAACAUGGAAUGCUCCGAUAUUUUUCUUCUUUCCUUCGCCUCGAAGAAUAUGAAGAAAUCAAUAUACACUUCCAAAAGGAAUAGGUUCAAAAGGAUCAGUUCCAUUACGUAUGACUGUUUAGACACUGAUCAGCCGUAUGUUCAUAUUAACUAUGACCGAAGAUGGGACACGAUCAUGAGAAUCAUGAAACACGAGGAGGAUGGGUAUUUUAAUUUUCAGUUGAACGUAUGUGGGAAGAGCAUUGACUUUGGAUCAUCCGAUCAAUGCAAUUAUUAUAUAGCAUCAUUUUACCCAUGUGACAAAGAAUCUGUAAUCAAAAGUAUUUAUAAUUAUUUCCUUGAUUUCUUCGGAAACUCUGUGGAGUAUUAUUGGCAAUCGGAAAACAUGAAAUACUUGUUGAGACCCUUUACCGGGAGACUCCCGUUUUUUGUUCCUUUCAUUCCGCAACUCCAGAACCUAUCAUUAUGUGUUAGUAUCUGUAUAAAACUGUCCUGGAUAUUCGCGGAUAUGAAAACACUUGAAAACUUUCUCACCCAUUCUCCUGUUUUUAAAUCGGUGUUCAUGAAAGUAAGGGAGACGACGGAACCGUUCAACCCAGAAUCCAAAUUGUAUCAAGCCAAAUAUGUUGUUAUAGAUCAAGACGAACUCACUGCUCCUGAUAUUCUACGUUAUUUAAAGGGAGACAGGCAACACCACCAACGCACUCUUUGCCCAAAGUAUACAUUUGGGAUAAUGAACACCAAAGUACAAAUCCUACCACAAGUCACGCAUGUGUGGUCAGAGAAUCAGAUAAUUGUGUGGCAUCUUUGA